AUGGGCUGUACGUCAUCGGCAGAGGAACGGGCUGCCAUCGCCCGGUCGAAGCAGAUCGAGCGCAACCUCAAGGAGGAUGGCAUCCAGGCGGCCAAGGACAUUAAGCUGCUGCUGCUGGGCGCUGGCGAAUCGGGAAAAAGUACAAUCGUUAAACAGAUGAAAAUUAUUCACGAAAGUGGCUUUACGUCAGAGGAUUUCAAACAGUAUAGACCAGUAGUGUACAGCAACACGAUACAAUCACUAGUUGCAAUUCUGCGAGCGAUGCCAAACCUUAGCAUUGCGUUCGGCAAUAACGAACGAGAGGUAAGCGGUGACAACGCCAAUCAUAUUUUCACGCCCAUUUCCACUAUAGGUAUAGGUCCAUUCUCGGAGGAUCUACUAUUAGCGAUGAAAAGGCUGUGGUCGGAUUCGGGCGUGCAGGAGUGCUUCUGCCGCAGCAACGAGUAUCAGCUGAACGAUUCCGCAAAAUAUUUCCUGGACGACCUUGACCGAUUGGGCGCCAAGGACUAUCAGCCAACGGAGCAGGACAUCCUACGGACACGUGUCAAAACCACCGGCAUCGUGGAGGUGCAUUUCUCCUUCAAGAACUUAAACUUCAAGCUUUUCGACGUUGGUGGCCAGCGAUCGGAGCGAAAGAAGUGGAUCCACUGCUUCGAGGACGUUACUGCCAUCAUCUUUUGCGUGGCCAUGUCCGAGUACGAUCAAGUGUUACAUGAAGAUGAAACCACGAACCGUAUGCAAGAAUCGCUGAAGCUGUUCGAUUCCAUCUGCAACAACAAGUGGUUCACCGAUACCUCAAUCAUUCUAUUUCUGAACAAGAAGGAUUUGUUCGAGGAGAAAAUCCGGAAAAGCCCGCUGACAAUCUGCUUCCCGGAGUACACGGGUGGACAGGAAUACGGCGAAGCGGCAGCCUACAUUCAGGCGCAGUUCGAGGCUAAAAAUAAGUCCACAUCAAAGGAAAUCUAUUGCCACAUGACAUGUGCAACGGACACUAACAACAUCCAGUUCGUGUUCGAUGCCGUCACCGACGUUAUCAUCGCGAACAACCUGCGCGGAUGUGGUCUGUACUAA